AUGGGUAUCGACUUGGACCGUCACCAUGUGCGCAGCACCCACCGCAAGGCGCCAAAGAGCGAGAAUGUCUACUUGCAGGUUCUCGUGAAACUCUACCGGUUCCUCGCCCGUCGCACGGACUCCAACUUCAACAAAGUCGUGCUGCGUCGCCUGUUUAUGUCGAGGAUCAACCGCCCUCCUGUUUCUCUGUCGCGUAUCGUUUCGAACAUCACUGAGUCUCACAAGGGAAAGACUGUCGUCGUUAUUGGAUCUAUCACCGAUGACAACCGCCUCCUGACAGUGCCCAAGCUGUCCAUCGCUGCUCUUCGCUUCACUGCUACUGCUAGGGCUAGGAUCGAGAAGGCCGGUGGUGAGACAUUGACCUUGGAUCAGCUUGCCCUUCGUGCGCCCACCGGAGCCAACACUCUUCUCCUCCGUGGACCCAAGAACUCUAGAGAGGCUGUGAAGCACUUUGGCUUUGGACCCCACACCAACAAGAAACCGUACGUGCGAAGCAAGGGCCGGAAGUUCGAGAGGGCUCGUGGUCGGAGAAGGUCCAAGGGCUUCAAGGUCUGA